UCUACAUAAUAAUAAUAACAAUGCAUAACCGUACAUAAUAAUGAAUCCUGCUGAUAAGCUGAUUAUAAAAUAAAUUAUAUAUGAAUUAUAUAACAACGCUUUAUUCUAAAACAUAUCUCGACCUCAGUAGUGAGAGCCUAAGUCUGGCAGAUUAACGUUUUAUUUAGAUUUGUAUUUAUUUAAUUUGGCAGUAUAUACAAUAAAACUAAAAGUAACGGUUCUAGGCAGAAGAGGAGUAAAUAAAAGCGUUGCCAAGGCAACAGAAAACUAUUCCUUAACCAUCAAUUUUAACAAGUUAGAAAUGAGACCACAGCAAACCAGAGAAAAACAUGCUGAUCAGCAGGAGAAAAACAACAACAUGAAGCUCAAGUUUCUCCUGAAAGAUGAAGUUUUUGUGGAUUUCUUCAAUACAUUUCUAAGUCUCCCAGUGUUUGGGCAAACCCCUCUCUACAUGCUCAAAGAAAACAAGUGGUUAAUGUGGCCAAAUGUGCCCUUUGCUCAGGUGGACACUGGAGCAUUUCUGAAGUGGUUAGACACACAUCGGAUGGUUUACUUCAAACAAACGGAGCUCUAUCACAGUUUCAUCCUCUGCACAGAGAUCCUUGACUUUGUAUCCUGUAAAUCCACGGAGGAUUUGAAAUGGACUCUGGCAGAUCAGUGGCUGUUAAGGAAGUGUCUCGGCAGCGUGAGGGGAAUCCAGAGAUUUCGUUCAUUUCUCAAGGGCACUGCUGAGGAGGAGCUUCUUCUGUUCUGUGUGAGAGUGUCCAUGAUGUUGAGUAUGAAAGAAGAAAAAAAUGAAGAUGCGUUUCAGACUUUGAAUCGUCAAGCACUUCAGAAAGCGAUCAGACUCUCUCACCUGAGCGAAGGCUCUGUCAUCCUGUCUGUCUGCCAUAUACACGCAGAGGACAUGACUGAUCUUCUGACCAAGGAACACCCACUUAGUGCGCAGAAGCGUGUUUUGGCAGAGAUGAGAAAGAAAGCUCUGUGCCGGCUGCAGUCGUAUUGGCUUCCUCAGUUCUUACACUGCUGUAAAUCCUGGCUGUGGCGUGUGCCUGAAUGUCAGCCCAUUGUAGAGAAAUACACAUCUUUUUCCUCUCCUCCUGCUCCAUCUCCCUCCUCACGUGAGCGUGAACCGUGCAAGACAAAUCCCACUCUGAGCCCUGCUAAAUCCUACUGCAGUAAACGCAGCAAACGGCUCCUGUGGAGUUCAAAUAAGCCGAACACAGUCCGUUCACAGUCCAACAGCAUCUGCUUGUGGCUUCCUCCAGCCGGCCAGGAGGAUCUAAAGUGUUCAAACAUAGCACAUCCUCCUCAAAGUAAUGCAGAAACCUCUGUCCAAGCUACUGUCCAUCACACAUGCGCCCAAACCCCGGCAUGUCAGAUCCCCUGCCGUGUGAACGUUCAUCCUCCACCAUCAGAUGUCCACUGCUAUCUCCAGCCGGCCCUGUCUGCAGAGGCUCUGGCUGCAGGUCCUUUUAGGUCUUACCUUAGAGUCCAAGACCUGGUGGAAAAGCAGCAGAUGCUGGAUCUCUUGGAGGAUCUGGACUUUUUCCUCCUGCUGGUUCUGAAAGCACAAGGAGAAGAUCCAGUCUGCGCACAGAGACAGACCGCGGCCCAGCGGAUAAUAGAGAAGUACCUGAAAGGGAAAAUGCCGUGCUGUGAACGACUGGAUUCGAACACCAGCCACCAUCUGCGUUCACUUUUACCCAGCAGUGCGGCUGUCCCAUGGAUUUACAGGGCUAAAUAUGAAAUAUGCAAGUACUCUCGCAGUGAGAAGAUUGAAGAAGAGCUGCUGUUCUGUGGUUUCGAGACAGAAACAGAAGCUCACUUCACUCAGACGGAGGCGUUAGUGUUGUGUGGAGGAUGCUGCAGUCGUCUUGAGACCCGGUGUUCUGUGUUUAGGGAAGAUGUGGUUUUGUGGCCCUGCAAGAAGUGCUGGAGGGGAGGACAGACUAUAUACAGACCUGCUUUACUGUAUGCUUCACUUCCAGAUGUGCCCGAAUUGAAAGCAAAGUGUUUUAAUAAUCUCCGGAUGAAAACUCUCAAAAAGGACAGCAUCAUUUUAGAAAAGCCAUCUACAAAACCCAGGUCAUUUGAAGAGGUCCUCACAUCAUCUCAGUACAUUGGUCAUUUCAGACAGUUCCUGCAGGAGCACAAUGCGGACGGAGCGCUGCUCUUCAUACAGGAAGCCGAAUCUCUGCGCACCGUCGAACCCAAACGACAGAAGGCCAAAAUCCGUGCCAUUGUAGACAAAUUCUUUCGGCGACAAGAUUCCGAGGAGUACCUGCAGUGCAGCGCUGACAUCAUCAGCAGUGUGCCGCAGAUGGACACGGUUCCUCUAGAGGUCAUCUUCACCAUUCAGCAUCUGGUUGCCAAGUCGCUGGAGGCCACAUGGUUCAAACAGUAUCAGGAAGCAUUUUAUUCUUGUUCCCCCGUUACAUCUGAAUCGAAUCUGAGAGGUCCGCUGCUGCUGUACAAACUGAAAACAAACGCGUGGACGGCUUUCAGCAGCUUCAUCCGCAGUGUGACAAAGUUUCUGUCUGCUCUAGAGGACCGUGACUUCAGGUCUGAGUUUGAAGACUAUCUGAUACACGACUACAAGCACUUCUCACAGCCUUGCGCUGUUCGCUCCAAAGCCCUGCAGUCCUCCGAUAUCUGCAGCGACGGAGAGAAGUUUAAACCCAAGAUGCGAAGCAUUAUCAACAAAACGGUUAUAGCAGACUUCUUAGUCAAUGACCUUUCCUUCUACAUGGAGUGUGAGAGGUUCAGGCAUUUGGCAGACGCCGGUGAUAUAAUGGCAUCCGAGGGCAUGUAUAGUGAGAAUGAUUAUGCCAUGCUUCACCAGAAAGCUGAGCUGAUCAUCAGUAUAUUUCUCCACUCAAAUCUCUCUCAAAAGCUCAUGAUCAACACCAGUGAGGCUCAGAAAGACGGCAUACUGCAGCGCUUUGCCUCUGGGAAGGUGGACCGAACUCUUUUCUAUCCCGCUAUGAUGGAUGUGUUUCCAGUUCUCAUCUUCUGCUGGAAAAAGUUUUGUUGUCUGAAGGUGAUGAAGCAUCUGUACCCUGCUGAAGCACUGAGGAAUCAGAAAGCAUCCUCACGUCUGAAGGAACAGCUUCCUUUCAACCUCCUGCGGGAGAUAAAGACAGUCAGAUCCAGUGAAGUUAAAGAUGCCAUCCUGCGCUUCUCCACCCAACACGGCCUCAUACUGCUGCUGCCACAGACACCACACGACCACACAGCUGCUUCCCAGCAGCCCUCAGCCCGAUGAGUGACAUUAAACAACUUCAGUUCAGACUGAUGCUCUUCAUGCUUGUGUGUAAGACAGUUACUCCAUGAACGAAACCCAACGCUGAAAUAAUCCUGUUUCUCCAUAACAGGGAUUUUAUCGUUAUUUAAACUGAAAACAAACAAAAAAAAAUGUAAAAAUACAUUUCUCAUUUUCAUUAACUUUAAAUUAAGUUAAGUUAAAAUGUACCAUCAGGCCAUCUAAGAUCAGGAUGAGAUUGUUUCCUCAUCAGAUUUGGAGAAAU